UUUUAAAACAAAAUUAUUAAUUCAAAAAUGUAACGAAUACAUUUUAGAUCUGGUCCAUGUUAUGAAUGUUUCAUGAGCAAUGGGCACGGGCUUCAGUGCCCAGGACAUCAUAAGGUGUCAUCUCUGCGAUAAAGAAUCUCCAACGCUAUACUGCGAACUCUGUCACGUACACCUAUGUACGGUCUGCGCCGGGAAACACCUCUUGGAUGAAUCCAAAGAACAUAGGGUGGUGUCGAUCAAGAACAGAAGUUCUGAUCCUAUUUGUCCGAAAUGUCCGACACAUACCUCAAAACUUUGUGAGCUCCACUGUGAACAAUGUGACGUUCAUAUUUGUGUACUCUGUGUUUCAUCUAAAACACAUAAUGGUCAUGAUGUCGUAGAAAUUUUGGAUUUUUUCAAAGGCAAGAAAGAAGUUGUAAAAAAGGAUUUACAAGAACUAAAAAAGUCAAUUAAUCCCAGGUAUAAAAAGAUAGCAUCAAAAAUCCCAGUUCAAAAAUCGGAAUUGAUUAAAAACUCCCAGAAAUUAACAACAAUUAUUGAUAAACGUGGUGAAGACAUACACAGAAAAAUAGACACCAUUAUCAACAAAAUGAAAUCUGAAAUUGGUGAAAUGGAAGUGAAGUACCUGAAUGCCCUUCAAAAACAGGGAGAUGAAAUUGCACAAAAUAUUUCAGAAAUCACACAGAGCAUUCAUGAACUGCAAAAAUUAAUGCGCUCCAAUGAUGUAUGUCUUGUCUCUGAUUAUAAAUCCAGGAAUUCUGAAUUCAGAAAACUGCCCCCUUUACUAAAUAUUUCUUUACCAACUUUCUCGGGAACUAAAAUUGACACGGAUAUACUCUACGAACAAAUCGGUUCUCUUUCAGUUCCUUCAAUGACAACACAAGAACAUGUGUAUAUAGAGUCUUUGGGCUUCUCUAGCAGAGAAUUACUGGACGUACCCCGAAUCGUUAAAACUGUAGACACAGGGCUUACAUUUUUAUCCAGUGUAGCCUGUCUGAGUGAUGAGCGAAUAUGGACCAUCGGCCAAAGCACCGCGAUGAAACUCCACAACCUGCAGGGACAACUUCUAAAGUCAAUCAAAACCAAGUCAGGAAACGCACCGGAAGACAUAGCAGUUACAAAGAGGGGAAACUUAGUUUACACUGACCCCAAAGAUAAAUCAUUGAAUAUAGUAAAUAGUGCGAUACAAACUGUGAUCAAACUAAUAGAAUGGAUCCCUCUAAAAGUCUGCAGCACUUCCUCUGGUGACUUUUUGGUUCUUAUGCUCAAAAUGGAUAACACACAAACAAAAGUUGUACGAUACGAUGGUCCCAAAGAGAAACAAAGCAUUCAGUUCAAUGAAAGAGAACAGCCUCUCUUUUCAUCCAAUCCUCCAUUUGCUUACACAAAAUACAUCACUGAAAACAGAAACAAAGAUAUAUGUGUAACUGACAAUGGGGCCUCUGCAGCAGUAGUCGUUAAUAGGGCCGGAAAACUCAGAUUUACUUACACAGGGGUUUCUAACAAAUUAUUUGAUCCAGUCGGCAUCACGUCAGACAGCCAGGGUCGGAUCUUGAUAUCAGACUGGUACAAUUGCAUUGUUCACAUCAUAGAUAAAGACGGACUGUUUCUCCGCUACAUUGACAACUGCAAUUUACGCUAUCCAUGCGGAAUAUGUGUAGACUCUAGAGACAACCUCUUGGUGACUGAAACUGGAACAAGUACCUGUAACGUCAAGAAGAUCCGAUAUUAUAAGUAAACAGUCUCUGCUUCUAUUUAUCAACUAACUAUGCUUAUACAAUUUGAAGCGUAACAUGUGUGUUCAUGAGUGUACAUAUGCAGAUGCCCCUCAACACGCAUGAGAUCAUGAACUUCAAAUACUGUGCUGACUUUGGCAUUUAGUGCAUGUCUUUAUACUUUUCAUAAUUGUGAACUAUUCAGAUUAAUAUAUUAACACUCACAUUCCAUAUUUUAUGAACCUUUUGGUCAGAAUGGGGUUCCGAGACUAUCAAUUAACCUUCAAUUUAAAGGAAAUGGGUUUACACGACCAUAAACAAGUAUAGCUAGCCUGGUGAAAAUAGCAAAUUUCAUAUAAUACGGUUAUCUUGGGAGUAGUAUUCAAAAUCUCUGUCUGUCCGUGGGUCCCAAAGGUUCAGAUAUGGUUCAAAUAUGGAAUCCUAAAUGUAGAUCCUUUCCUGACGAAAAUAACGAAGUUCUUUUCCAUUUCUUCGUGUACGGUUCAAGCUCCCAAAACAACGGCAACAAAUAAAGAUACAUGUACUUAAUAAGAUUAGUUCAUCCCAAUCUGAAGAAAAGCUGCAAAGAAUAAGCAUCAUUCAUCUAGUACAGCACAGAGACAAAAGUGGCUGGCGUGAAUUUUAUUUGAAAUUCACAUUAAUUUCAAUAAAGAAUAAGUAAAUAAUUGUCAACAUUUAAAUGACAAAACAAAAUGUUAAUGUCUGAUAGCUUUAUUUUUUAGUAGUUUACUUUUUACAUGGAGAGAGAGAGAGAGAGAGAGAGAGAGAGAGAGAGCACACUCAAAAUCCUUGACUUAUGGGGACUCAAUCUCUGAAACAUAUUUAGCACCCACGUUAUAAGGAAUAUUACAUUUUAUGGGGCAUGCCGUCUAUCCUAAUAAUUCUACCACUUGCAUUUUUUGAAAGAGCAUGCACAAAUAAUGUAGAUAAACAAAAAAAACCAAACAUUUUUUUCCCUAAUAUGCCCUACUAGAUUAUCUCACUGCGAAUUGUUGCGUUUUCCACAAAACAAAUACCCCCGGAAUCUUUUUCUUCUUUUUGGAACACCUCUGGUUGAUUCAUAUGAUAAAUUUGGCAGGAAGAAAUAAUAUUCGACGCGUGCCUGUUACAUUGACGGUUGCAGCUGAAGAAGUUAUUUGUGGGCCUAAAAGUAUGUAUAGAUAGUUUUUUUUGCUCUAUUUAAACAAUUUCCUGUCUUUGAUUAGCUGACAUUUGCAGCAUUAUAGGCAACAUGUAAACUUUUGAAGCUGCAAUGGUUCUGACAGGUUAUCGGUAAUGACGGUAACAUUAAAUUGUAUGUAUUAUCAUUAGGAGAGGAACAUGUAAGUUGUAAGAACUUGUUUCUAAUCAUCUAGUGUAAUUUACACAAUAAAGUAUGCUAUAAUCAGGUUUUUUUCUUUCACAAAAUCAGGUAAUUAAUAUAUGAAACAAAGCACCCCGUUUCGGCGAUUUAGAACCAUUUCAACAAGACCUUGCACUUUAAGAAGUUGUGUCAAACAGCGAUCUCACGUAGGGCUGUCUAUUUCGAUUCAUUGCUGACCACUUUGAAAUCAAGAGGAUUUGUUUGACUUUUGAGCUAAG